AAUGAUUCAUUAACUUAAUGAACUAAAAAGCGUGUUUAGACGGAAACUACACUUAAUCAACACUAUUGCAUGCCAUAGUGCGACAGCCGAAUUUAAGAAAUAGUUUAAUUACCUGAAUUUAAGUGUUCUAAUUAGCCAUGAAGUGAAUUAGCUAUUAGGUGUAUAAAAACAAUCCGCAAUGAUUGCAGCGGAAGCAUCUGAGUUGAGCAAUCACUCUCCCAAGCCAAAUGCUCACUUUGAGCAUAACAUCAAGUUGGCUCGAUCGAAAGAAGAGCUCAAUGGAAAAGUAAUAGUAGCACAACCUGUCCCUGCCACACCUACUGUACCCGCCGAUUUGAAGCCUACCUAUCUGAAAUUGUACACCAAUUGCCAGGACCACGCCGCCUACUUUGCCAAGGAUCACACGGAGUAUGGACAACGGCUGCAUGCCGCACAUAUUGCCUGGCAAGAUUUCAUAGUGCUUGCGAAUCGUCUGGUGCUGCAAAUCGAAGCAUUUGCCCAUGAAUAUGAUUUUGACGAAUCGACACCAGGAAACGGAUAUCGUAGCUUUAUCUAUGUAACCAAUGCUUGCAUCGACCAUGGGCUCGGUAUUUGCCAGCACUUGCUUGCCACUCGCGCCACGCUCUUCUUUCGCAAGAAGUUCUACAUGAAGGAGGUAGAGGCAUGCUCCCAGUUGCUGUGCUCGAUCUGCACCUGCUUACAGUAUCUGCUGAUACUGCGACAAUGGUCCAUGAAUACGGGCGAUCUGCUGGGCAGCGGCCGGCAUACGGCCGAACAGCUCUUCGAGUUGGGCGACACCAUCAAUCAGUAUUGUUUCUAUGGCCGCUGCUUGGGCUUUCAGUAUGGGGACUCCAUACGUGGUGUCCUUCGCUUUCUAGGCAUCGGCAUGGCCAGCUACUCGGAAACGUAUUACUCCCAGACAGACAAUAGCAGCAGCUCACUGCUAAAAACCACUCGCAGCCUAUGGUCGAGCGGUAAAUACCUUAUGAACCCGGAGCUGCGCGCCAGACGUAUUGUAAACAUUUCGCAGAAUGCGAAGAUCGAUUUCUGCAAGUCAUUCUGGUUUCUUGCCGAAUCGGAGCUCAUGCACAAACUGCCCAGCAUUGUGGGUAGCUCCAUCAAAGUGAAUCGCAUAAUUGAACUGCCCGCUGAGCCCCUUCGUUUGCCAGCACGUGUGCAACAACCGGUCAACGGCGCGGACAAUGACAAUGACAAUGAGGUGCAGUUCGUUGAUAUACCCGUGCCCAGUUCACAUUUAGGACCAGGUCUGCCGGUGUCGGUGCGCCUACUCAGUGCGAAGCGACGCGCUGGCAUGCUGGGCGAAGGGCGCUAUCGUGGCUGGCGUCGCCCAUCGGCGCCCUCGAAGUCGAUACUAUUUCACUGUCACGGCGGCGGCUUUGUAGCGCAAUCUUCAAAAUCGCAUGAGCUAUAUCUACGCGACUGGGCUGUGGCGCUGGACGUGCCAAUACUUUCGGUGGACUACAGCCUGGCACCGGAGGCACCCUUCCCACGUGCCCUGGAGGAAGUAUACUACGCCUACUGCUGGCUGCUGAACAACGCGCAACACCUCGGAACCACCGCAGAGCGUGUGAUUUGCGCCGGUGAUUCAGCGGGCGCUAAUCUCUCCAUCGGCUUGGCACUUAAAUGCAUUGAGCAGAAUGUACGAGUGCCAGAUGGUCUGUUUCUGGCUUACUGUCCUACGCUAGUUAGCUUUGUGCCCAGUCCGGCGAGGCUGUUGUGUCUAAUGGAUCCGUUGCUGCCCUUUGGCUUUAUGAUGCGCUGCCUGCGCGCCUACGCGGCGCCGUCUAAUGAAAAAAUGCAAGAGAAGCAUUUGGAGCAGCUAGAAGAAAAGUGCAAUGCAGAAGCAGAGGCACGCGUUGGGGAAGUGGAGAAGCUAGCACUCAGCAUCAACUCCAGUCGACGCACCUCGACGGCAAAGAGUCCGCUGACACCGCUCGAGCCGCUUAAUCGUUCGGAUGAGGAUGAGAGCAGCGAUACGUUUGCCAGCGCCUCCUAUCACAGUCAAACGGUAGAACGCACAGAUCUGCCUAGCACUGAUAAUAGCGAUAAUAGCUCCUGUGUGUCGUUCGAGGAUGACUCGCAACCCAUCGAACAUUAUCCGGUUGACAUUUCUGCCGAGAUACCGAAUGAUGCCGAAUCUGCCGCCUAUAUUGACAAUUUUCUAGAUAAAUAUCUGAUUGAUACGGCUACCAUAGAGGCCACUGAGGACAACACAACAGCGCCGCCGCCAUUGCCACUGGCCAAUGGUGUCAACAAGAGCAACUCCGAAGAGAACAUUAUAAUUGAGACAGGUCGUGAGAUAAUUGUGGAUACGCUGCCAGGCCGCUUGCAGGAGGCUGUUAAUAAUAUCAUUAAUCGCUGCACCCAAUCCUAUGAGAUACAGAACACGACGACGUCUGGUCAGCAGGAUGUUCGCAAUUUAGAUGCUUUGAUUGCCCGCAGUCCCAGCGAAGAGUUUGCCUUCGAGGUGCCCAAAGAUCCGUUUCUGUCCCCAUACUGGGCCAGCGACGAGUGGCUCUCCCAAUUACCCGAGACCAGAAUACUCACGCUUAACAUGGAUCCUUGCCUCGAUGAUUGCGUUAUGCUUGCCAAAAAGCUGAAGCGUCUGGGUGGCCAAGUCCACUUGCAGAUACUUGAAGGCUUGCCCCAUGGCUUUCUAAAUUUUACGAUGUUGUCCAAUGAGGCAAUGGAUGGAUCCAAGCUGUGCAUCAAAUCACUGCAGGCAUUGCUCCAGGCAAGUAAAGAUAACAACGACGAUAGCACCGCAUACGACGCGACUUCCAGUCCCAGUGCGUGCUCAGCUGCAUCGCCGGCGCCUUAAACAGAAUAUGUACUAAUCCUUACAAGCAUAUAUUAUACAUACAUAUAUAUGUGUAUAUAUAUACAUAUUUAUAUUCAUAUAUUAAUAUUUAUACACGGUUUGUUAUAUGCAACAUGGACAUGUUGUUUGUGUCGCACAAUUCUUGCUUUUUGUCGCAUCUCAAAUGUUUUUUAUACACUUUUAUAUAUGAUAUUAUGAACAACAGAAUUAGAUUAGCUUUAUAUGUUUUGUAAUGGCAGCUCUAGCUAAAAUAAUAGAUAGGCUAAGGCUUCCAGAUUUACACAGCCAAUUGUUCAAGUAUUGAGAGCGUGCAAACACGCUCUAAAAUAUAUUCUAAGAAAGA